AUGUCUUGGCAACCUUCUCACGACUCCUUGCAGCAGCUUGCUGCCUGCCUAAAGGACUCUCUCAGCGGCUUCAACAAGAACCUUCAGAAGCAAGCCGAGUUGAUGCUCCAGCAGGCCAAGGCCUCUCCCGACAUCAACAACUACCUCGCCUUCCUCUUCUCCAGCUCUCAGCCCCCCGAGGGCCUCCAGUACAAUGAGCAAGAAUACCACCUUGUGCGGUCCGCCGCUGCCAUGAUGAUCAAGAACAAUGUGCGAUCGGAUUGGAAAGACAUCCCGCAGUCCAGCUUGCAGCUUGUCAAGCUGGCAAUACCCAUGUGUCUACAGGACAAAAACUCACAGAUUCGCAACUUUUCCGGUAAUAUCGCCACCGAAAUCAUUCGAAGAGGUGGCUUGCUGGGUUGGCCAGAGCUGCUCCCCCAGCUGCUCGACCUGAUCGGAAACACUUCUGGCCAGGUCUCUAAUGAAGCGCAAGAGGGUGCCAUGUCCGCCAUGGUAAAGAUCUGCGAAGAUAACUUCGGCAUGUUGAACCGAGAGGUCAACGGCCAGCGUCCUCUCAACUACGUUCUACCUCAGCUUAUCACGGCUACGAAGAACCCACUGCCUCGGGUUCGAGCCGGCGCCUUGACAGCUAUCAACGUGUUCGUACCUCGCCGCUCACAAGCUGUGAUGAACUCCGUCGACGAUCUUCUGCAGCAUCUUUUCGUACUCUCAAGCGAUAACAAUACCGAUGUCCGCCGGCAAGUCUGCCGGGGUUUCGUGAACCUUGUUGAGACCCGCCCGGACAAGCUGGUCCCUCAUCUCAGCGGACUUGUGGACUAUAUUGUCAGUCAGCAAACCGGCGACGACGAGGAGCUUGCCUGUGAGGCCUCCGAGUUUUGGCUGGCGGUUGGCGAGCACGAUGAUCUCUGGAAGGCGCUGCGUCCUCACCUCAACAAGAUCAUCCCUGUCCUGCUGGAAUGCAUGGUCUACACCGGCGAAGAUAUUGCCCUCCUAGGCGGCGCGUCAGACGAUGAGGAGGAGGAGGACCGCGAAGAAGACAUUAAGCCAGCAUUUGCCCAAGGAAAGAAGAGCCGAAAUGCUGCCAACGGCGAUGGCUCCGCCGCCGAGGCAGAGAAGACAGACAGCUCUUACCAAAAGGUGCCUAGCAUGGAUGACGAUCUUGAAGAAGGCGAGAUUGAGGGAUUCGAUGAUGGUGACGAAAACCCCGAUGAGAAGUGGACUGUUCGCAAGUGCUCGGCAGCUGCACUUGACGUCUUCGCUCGUGACUUCAGGAAUCCCGUGUUUGAAGCUAUUUUCCCCUACCUAUCCCAGAACCUCAAGCACAGCGAGUGGCCCCAGCGUGAGGCUGCCGUUCUCGCGCUUGGUGCCGUAGCUGAGGGCUGUAUGGAUGUCGUUGUCCCUCACUUGCCCGAACUCGUCCCUUAUCUCAUCUCUCUCCUGGAAGACCAAGAGCCAGUUGUCAGACAGAUCACUUGUUGGACACUUGGCCGAUACUCGUCAUGGGCAGCGAACCUGAGCGAGCAAUCUCAAAAGGAACAAUUCUUCGUUCCUAUGAUGGAUGGCAUCUUGCGUCACAUGCUCGACAAGAACAAGAAAGUCCAAGAGGCCGCCGCAUCCAGCUUUGCGAACUUGGAAGAGAAGGCAGGCAGCCAUCUGGAACCAUACUGUGGCCCAAUUGUCCAGCAAUUCGUCCGUUGUUUUGCCAAGUACAAAGACCGCAACAUGUAUAUUCUCUAUGACUGUGUCCACACACUGGCCGAACGUCUCGGCCCGCUCCUAGCCAGGCCAGAUCUGACAAGCGAACUCAUGCCGGCCUUGAUAGACCGAUACAACAAGGUCUCAGACCAGUCCCGGGAGCUAUUCCCCCUCCUUGAGUGCCUCUCGUACGUCGCACUGGCUCUUGGCGACUCCUUCUCGCCGUAUGCGCCAACCAUCUUCCUUCGAUGUGUCAACAUCAUUCAUGUUAACCUUGAGCAAACACUGGCCUCAGCCGCUAACCCAGCCCUCGACACACCAGAGAAAGACUUCCUGAUCACCAGUUUAGAUUUAUUGAGUGCCAUCAUCCAAGCUCUCGAAGGAGCUAAGUCGCAGGAGCUCGUCGAGACAUCACAGCAGUCAUUCUUCGAGCUUCUCAGUUUCUGCAUGGAAGACCCGACGGACGAAGUAAGGCAGUCGGCCUAUGCCCUGCUGGGAGACUGUGCAAAAUAUGUUUUCCCACAACUUCGCCAAUACCUUCCCAACAUGCUACCUCUUCUAUUGAAGCAACUGGAUCUUGAUAGUGUUCUGGAUGAGGACAUGGACAGCGGAUUUGGUGUGGUCAACAAUGCCUGUUGGUCGGCCGGAGAAAUCGCACUACAGCACCGGAAAGAGAUGUCACCUUGGAUCUCUCAACUGACCACUCGAUUUAUCGAGAUCCUUGGCAAUCCCCGGGUGCCUAAGGGCCUCCAGGAAAAUGCAGCCGUCGCCCUUGGACGCCUUGGUAUCGAUAACGCCGAUCAGUUGGCGGCACGUCUUCCCGAAUUUGCCGAUGAUUUCCUCAAUGCCAUGCUUGAAUUUGAUGCCUCCGAAGAGAAGGGCACUGCUUUCAAGGGAUUUUCAAUGAUUGUGGCGCAGAAUCCUCAAUCGAUUGAGAAGGUUCUUCUAGACUACUUUGUCGCCAUUGCCCGGUACCAAGAUAUGAGCCUCAGCAACCCGAUCAAGCAAGAGUUACAUGAUGUUUUCCAAAACAUUCUCAAUAUUUACAAGCAGAUUAUACCGGGAUUCGAGGACUUCAUUAAUCGAAUGCAGCCAAAUGACCAGCAGAGUCUGAGACAAAACUACACCAUCUAG